GAUAUCACAAGGACGCCAUUCUAGACAACGGUUUUUACAGAGAAUGGAGGCUUUUGAUAUAAAAUUAAUUUGUAGGUUAUGUGCGAGAGAAGAUGAGUCUUGCAUCCAAGUGUUUGGGGAGAACGGCAUAAAACACAAUAUAUCGAAAAAAAUCAGAUUGUGUUUACCAAUUAUUACAGUUGCUGAAGAUGAUAAAUACCCUAAACAGAUAUGUUUGAGUUGCCUGAAGAAGUUAGACACUAGCUUUGAAUUGUAUUCAGGAUGUAUGAACGCACAGAAUACCAUCAAGAGGCUGCUGAAGAAGUUCACCCAAAUUGAAUCAGCAAAAGAUAAUUUACCUGUUCAAACUCCACUUGAUCGGGUCCAAAAUGAUACAAAUGUUACUGCACCUUUCAGGAGAUUUGGCACAACUGUAAUAACACUGCAACGUGCAUCCAGUAAAAAGAGAAGAAAUGAGCAUGUAUCUGCACCAAGACGAAAAGUGAGACAAUUUAAAACUAAAAGACAUGAUAAGCUAAAUUUGGAAUGUGGUGGUGAUGAUUCUGAUGGUAUUGGUUCCACAUCGCCAUCUGUGUCGUUAUAUGAUGAUGAAAGUACAAAGACCACUCGACAGGUUUUCCAGUUUGGUCCACCAACUGAAGAUUUGUCACAAUAUAAUGUGGCACUAUCCAGUCAGAUGUAUGUAGCUGGGAAUGUAUGUACAACGGCUACAGAACAGCAGCAGUUUAGGGCAUCAUCAAUUGGCCACAUGUCUCCAACAUUCUCAGCAAAAAGUUGCCAGAUUAACUGCCAUUCAAAACAGUUCUUCUGUUGUUUUUAUCCUGUUCAAGCCCAGGGUGUUUCUUCAGAAGAUGAUGGAGCAGCUGUUACCAGUGCAGUUAAUGGCACCAUGACAGGAGCCACAGUUGCAAGAAUUCCCACUACAACAACUUCAUUAAUGGUUAAUGACCCUGAUGGACCCUUGACUACUGAGGAAACUUCCAGCAACAUGACUGAUGAUAUCACUGACGAAAAUGUGCGACAUCUUUGUCGGUACUGCAACAACACUUUUCCAGAAAGCAUAAUUGUUCAUCACAGAAAACUUCACUUCGGGCAGAGUUUCUUCAGUUGCAUAACAUGUGGUAAAAACUUCACCACAGAAACUGGUUUAGAUAAGCAUAGGUGUGGAGGCUCAGCAUAUUAA